CAACAUUGAGCGGCGCAAGCAAGCGAUUUCCAAGCGUUUCCGAGGCGAUUUCGAGGCGGUACGAAAUCGAAUUCAACCGAAGUGCGCGUCGGGCCUUCGUUGUUGUUGGUUUUUUUUUUUCAGUUACACUCCGUUGUUUGAGAGUGCGAGUGUGAGCGAGAUAGCGAGCGAGAGUGUGGGAGUGGUGCGACAAGGAAGGAGCACCAGCCUCCUUUGAAUAUUCAGUGCGCCAGGACGAGAGAAUCGAAUCGAAACGAAUCGGAACGAAACGAAACGAGACGAGAGGAAACGAGACUUCGCAGGACCUUUUUUUGGGGGCAAUUGGCGCGAGGACGUCGCCGCGGCGAACAGAAACACGCUGGCCGUUGACCGAGUGGCAACGCAGCCCGGAGAAUCGGCAUUGGGACUGAAGAAUUCCCCCACUUUUUCAGAAGAAUCAAGAGUAUCGCAUCGUAUCCUAUCGUAUCAUAUCGUAUCGUAUCGUAUCAACGUAGUGCAACGCAUCGCAUCGAAUCGGAUAGACUGAAAGCAAAACUGAGAGACUAGGAAUUGGCAGCUAGCUGUUGCAUGCUGUUGCGGCAGACUCAGUGACGCCGCGAGUGACGUCGCCGCGUCUUGUUUUUGUUGUUUGUUUGGUGACCCCGACGCGAAACGAUCCUCGCGAGUGUGUGACCGGGACAGCAAUAUAUACAUACAUACAUAUAAUCCUCGGAGAAACAAUUGAAGAAAACAGUGCCAGCGAGAAAGAGAAAGAGUACGAGGUAUUUCGCAUUCGAGCCAAUGGUCAGAGCGACAGGGACAAGGAUGGGCCUGCUCCUGCCCGCUAUCCUGGCACUGGCCAUCGGAUCCUUGGCCGCCGGCAUAUCCUCCAACGAUCCCUGCUACUUCGAGGGCAAGCCGCGCAAGUGUCUGCCCAGUUUCGUGAAUGCCGCCUAUGGGAAUCCCGUCCAGGCAUCCAGCGUCUGUGGCGCCCAACAGCCGGAGCGCUACUGCGAGCUGCUGCGCGACGGGAAUGCCGGCGAGUGUCGUCCAUGCGAACAGCAGCGUUACGGCCCGGCGGCACUAACCGAUCUGAAUAAUCCCAGCAAUGUGACCUGCUGGCGGUCGGGCGCCGUGAAUGUGCCCCACGAUCCGGACAGUGCGCCGCCGGAUAAUGUGACCCUGACCUUGUCGCUGGGCAAGAAGUACGAGCUGACCUACAUAUCGUUGUCCUUCUGUCCCCGCUCGCCGCGUCCCGACUCGCUGGCCAUAUUCAAGAGCUCGGACUUCGGACAGACCUGGCAACCCUUCCAGUUCUAUAGCUCACAGUGCCAGAAGUUCUAUGGACGACCAGAUCGCGCCAAGAUCUCCAAGUUCAAUGAGCAGGAGGCAAGAUGCAUCAAUUCGCAGCACGAUACGGGCGGUGCUGCCCAGCGAUUUGCCUUCAAUACGCUGGAGGGUCGUCCAUCCGCAAAUGAUCUGGACUCGUCGCUGGUCCUGCAGGAUUGGGUGACGGCCACGGACAUACGAGUGGUAUUCCAUCGCCUUGAAUUGCCGCCGCAACUGCUGAAGGUGAAGAACGCGAACGCCUUUAGCGACGAGAUGGGCGGCAGUCGUGAGGAGGAUGAGGACGAGGAUGCCGAUCUGGAAUUGGACGGCGAGCAGGAUGAGUACGACUACAAUUUGCAGGACAACGACAGUGCCGAUGCCGGGUACGAUGAGUACGAGGAGCCCAAGAAGCAUUUGGAACUGGACGACGAUCAUCUGCAUUUGGACUAUGCCAGCGAUGGUGAAUCGGUUGUCAAGCGGCAGGGCAAGCACAAGGGUAGCGCCUAUGAGAAGCACUACCAGAGCAAACUGGCGGCCACCACGCCCCCACACCAGCAGCCACCCAAGGUGACGUCACCUGGCAAGGCCAUGCCCCCUAGCACUGCUGCCCCCUCCGUCGUCGCCGCCGCCGCGGCCGUGACAUUGCCCAUUUCGCAGCAUUACGCCGUAUCGGAUUUCGCCGUCGGCGGACGUUGCAAGUGCAAUGGUCACGCCUCCGAGUGUGUGGCCACUGUCAGUGCGGGAUCGGGAACGGGAACGGCUCUGGCGGAUCAAGAUGAUGGGCAGGACGAGGACACGCCCUCCGCCCCCUCGCUGGCCACCCACUUCGGCGGCCGCAGCAGCAGCAGCCAGAUGAGCGCCAAGCUGACCAUGACCUGCGCCUGCAAGCACAACACCGCCGGCCCCGAAUGCGAACGCUGCAAGCCCUUCUACUUCGACCGACCCUGGGGCAGGGCCACCGACAACGAUGCCAACGAGUGCAAGAUGUGCCAGUGCAACGGACACGCCCGUCGCUGCCGCUUCAACCUGGAGCUGUACAAACUAUCUGGCCGGGUUUCGGGAGGUGUGUGCUACAACUGCCAGCACGAUACUACCGGAAGAUACUGCCACUACUGCCGCGAGGGAUACUAUCGGGAUGCCACUAAGCCGCCAAAUCAUCGCAAAGUCUGCAAGCGUUGCGAUUGCCAUCCAGUGGGCUCGACGGGCAAGACGUGCAACCACCUGAGCGGCCAGUGUCCCUGCAAGGAGGGCGUCACCGGACUGACGUGCAACCGAUGUGCCCGGGGCUACCAGCAGACCCGCUCCCACGUGGCACCCUGCAUCAAGGUGCCCACCAAUGCGAACAUGAUUCAGGCCGAGAGCGCUGGCGGCGGCGGAGGCGGCGGUGGCACUGGAGACUACAAGGACGGUGGUGGCUCGCAGGUCGAGGAGAUGAAGAAGUACUGCGGCAAGUGCAAGGCGAGUCCCAAGAAGCUCAAUCUCAACAAGUUUUGCAUGGAAGAUUAUGCAAUUUUGGCCAAGGUGAUUGGCCACGAUCGCGCCUCGCAGGACAUCAGCACGGAGAAGUUCUCGAUAGAGCGACAGAACGAGAUCUACAAGUACGAGAUCAACAUCCAGACGAUCUUCAAGCGGAAUCCCAUGUCGGGCACCACGAGUUCCCUGCUCGGAAGGGGCAACAUGAUGCUGCUGGUGCCGCGCAAGAGCAUCGAGUGCCAGUGUCCAAAGAUAAAGCUAAACAAAUCGUAUCUCAUCCUUGGACGCGACUCGGAGGCGGCGCCCGGUUACUUGGCCAUCGGACCCAGCUCGGUGGUCCUCGAGUGGAAGGACGAGUGGUCGCUGCGCAUGAAGCGCUUCCAGCGGCGGGCACGCAAAUGCAGUUGAAUCGAACCGGAAACGGAAUAUGUCAGAGCGGAUUUCAAUUUCACACACUUGGCUAGGUAUCGGUUUUUGUAUAAAUUGUACAGUUUACUCAA